UAAGGGCGGUCCCUGGAGAGCGGCCUGGUAACGGCCGCGUGGUAACCCCGGCGCCUGGCGUGCCGCAGUUCCUAGUGCUUGUGGCUCUAGACUUACUGCAAAAUGAAGAUUGAGGAGGUGAAGAGUACUACGAAGACCCAGCGAAUCGCCUCCCACAGUCACGUGAAGGGGCUGGGGCUGGACGAGAGCGGCCUGGCCAAGCAGGCGGCUUCGGGGCUCGUGGGCCAGGAGAACGCGAGAGAGGCAUGUGGCGUCAUAGUAGAAUUAAUCAAAAGCAAGAAAAUGGCUGGAAGAGCUGUCUUGUUGGCAGGGCCUCCUGGAACUGGAAAGACAGCCUUGGCUCUGGCUAUUGCUCAGGAGCUGGGCAGUAAAGUCCCAUUCUGCCCGAUGGUGGGUAGUGAAGUGUACUCAACUGAGAUCAAGAAGACAGAGGUGCUGAUGGAGAACUUCCGCAGGGCCAUUGGGCUGCGGAUAAAGGAGACCAAGGAGGUUUAUGAAGGGGAGGUGACCGAGCUCACUCCCUGUGAGACUGAAAACCCCAUGGGUGGGUAUGGCAAAACUAUCAGCCAUGUGAUCAUAGGCCUCAAGACUGCCAAAGGAACCAAACAGCUGAAGCUGGACCCUAGUAUUUUUGAAAGUUUGCAGAAAGAACGAGUAGAGGCUGGAGAUGUGAUUUACAUUGAAGCAAACAGUGGAGCUGUGAAGAGGCAAGGCAGGUGUGACACCUAUGCCACAGAAUUUGACCUUGAAGCUGAAGAGUAUGUCCCUUUGCCAAAGGGAGAUGUGCACAAGAAGAAGGAAAUCAUACAGGAUGUGACCUUGCAUGACCUGGAUGUGGCCAACGCACGGCCUCAGGGUGGGCAAGAUAUCCUGUCUAUGAUGGGUCAGUUGAUGAAACCAAAGAAGACAGAGAUCACAGAUAAACUGCGCGGGGAGAUCAACAAAGUGGUGAACAAAUACAUUGACCAGGGCGUUGCAGAACUGGUUCCUGGAGUGCUCUUCGUGGAUGAGGUCCACAUGCUGGACAUCGAGUGCUUUACCUACCUGCACCGAGCCCUGGAAUCCUCCAUCGCCCCCAUUGUCAUCUUUGCAUCCAACCGAGGCAACUGUGUCAUCAGGGGCACUGAGGACAUCACCUCUCCACAUGGCAUCCCAUUGGACCUGCUAGACCGGGUGAUGAUCAUUAGGACCAUGCUGUAUACUCCGCAGGAGAUGAAACAGAUCAUUAAGAUCCGAGCCCAGACGGAGGGCAUCAACAUCAGUGAGGAGGCACUGAACCACCUUGGGGAGAUUGGCACCAAGACCACACUGAGGUAUUCGGUGCAGCUGCUGACCCCGGCCAACCUGCUGGCAAAGAUCAACGGGAAGGACAGCAUUGAGAAGGAGCACGUGGAAGAGAUCAGCGAACUCUUCUAUGACGCCAAGUCCUCUGCCAAGAUUCUGGCUGACCAGCAGGACAAGUACAUGAAGUAAUGUUGGGUUUGGAGGUGCACCCAGAGGACAGACCCCACACCGUGGACAGGGCCUUGCCUCAAGCAUGCUUUGCAGUGUUGCUGGCUCUGUGCGAAAACAUUUUUUUUUGUGAAUUAUCAAACCUCCAUGGUUGCUUGGAAGGAACUCUUUCCCACCUGGCUUGUUUUCUAAUAAAACUGAAUGGGUUAUUUUGAGGAUA